CAGACGCGCGUCAUCGACGUCAACAGGACGACAAAGGUAACCAAGGGAGGCGAUUUGACGAAUUUCACCGCCAUGGUGGUCGUGGGGAACGGUGAUGGCGUCAUCGGGUUCGCCACGGGUAAAGGCGCGGAUGUGGGGAUGGCGAUCGAUAAGGCGUAUCGCAAGGCGGCGAGGUCGUUGACGUACGUGCAACGCUUCGAGGAUCACACGAUUUAUCACGAGGUGAGGGGAAAAUACUGUAAGACGAUUUGCGUGAUGUUACCCGCGCCGAGCGGAGACGGGAUCGUGGCGAACGACACCGUGGAGGCGAUUUGCACGCUGGCGGGUAUUAAAAACAUCAAAGCGAAGAUUCACGGCAGUCACCAUCCGCACAACACCGUGCGUGCCGUGUUUGCGGCUUUAGAAGCGGUGGAAUCUCCCGAAGACGUCGCCAGGCGCACGGGU